AUGGCAAAAUUUGAGAAAGAAAACUACUCGAACGAAGAGGAAAGCGAGAUUUACGAACCACGUGUCCUGACUGACGAAGAAGCCAACCAAUGUUUGCGCACUUUAGGAAGAACUAUAUCGAACAACUAUGCUUUUGUGGAACUGGACGUCUCGUAUAGAAAUCUAACAGAUGUAAGAGUGAUACCGUCCUUCAGAUACGUUCGUUAUGUGAACGUAUCGGGGAACAAAUUGACAUCAGAGGCUUUCCAAGUGCUCGAAACGAUGCAGUAUCUAGAAAAAUUGCAGGCGGAUCAAAACCUUUUAAUUAGCGCGGAAUUAAGACCAAUGGACUCUCUACAGGAACUCACCCUGAACCAAAACAAACUGACAUUUGCUGGUACUUCUGUCAUCUCGCACAAAUUCCUCAAGUAUCUGGAACUAAAUUACAAUCUUAUUAAUACCGUCGUCUUCGAGGCUGAAGAACUUCCGAAUUUGACAAUCUUGGAAUUACGCGAUAAUGCAUUAAUUACUACAGCAGGAAUCUGUUGUUCCAAUCUAAGACGGCUUUUUCUCGCCAAGAAUCAAAUUGAGAAGAUCGAAGAUCUUGGAAAUUUACAAGAAUUAAAGACGAUACACUUACGAAGUAACAACCUCGUAAAUCUGGACGGUUUCUCUGACAAAUGUCGCAAUUUGGUUCAUAUAAAUCUACGCGAUAACAAGAUCUCAAAGAUUUCAGAGCUGAAGAAGCUAAGUUGCUUAAAAAAUUUGGAAACUCUUAUCAUUCGAGAGAAUCCCUUUUUAUUACAAAUCGGACAGGAAGAAGAGGGAAGAAAAUACAGACAUAUUGUUCUGGCGAUGCUUCCGAGAUUGAAGAGAAUCGAUAAAGAAUUUGUGUUGGAUCAAGAGAGAAACGAAGCAAAAAAAUUACUUGAAACGAUGCGCAAGGAAGAACGCAACUUUACAUAUUUCGAUUUGAAAGAUUAG